AUGGAGGAUCUGGAAGAACGAGCGAUCAAAUCCGCCGAAUAUAAACCAGAAAUGUGGCUACGAUACGUCGACGACACCUUCGUUAUUUGGACGCACGGCAAAGAAAAACUGAAUGGCUUCCUAACACAUCUCAACAGUAUACAUCACAAAAUUCAGUUCACCAUGGAAAUCGAAGAAAAUAACAAGUUGCCAUUUCUAGACGUAUCCAUAAUCAAAAAUAGAACCGGAGGUUUAGGCUACACGGUGUAUAGAAAACCCACACACACGGAUCGCUACCUGCAUGCCGAGUCCCAUCACCAUCCAUCACAACUAAAUUCUGUUUUGAAAACUCUAAUAACACGAUCAGAAAGGCUGACUGACAACGAACACAAAACAGAAGAAAUCGAAAAAGUUAAAAAAGCUCUUCAACAAAAUGGUUUCUCGGAUAACAACAUCAAGAGAGCAUUAAGACCACGCCACAAUAGAGAACGGACCGAAGAAGAUAAACCAGUUGCCAAAGCACUCCUUCCAUAUAUAAAAGGAACCACUGACAAAAUCAGCAAAGUACUGAAGAAACAUAAAAUUGAAACUGUCUUCAAUACCGACAGGAAAAUUGGCAACAUUCUUCCAUCAGCGAAGACGAAGAUUCCACUCGAAGGUCAAGGCGUUUACCAGAUUCCCUGUGGCGACUGCGAAAAAUCAUACAUAGGACAAACAAAUAGAAGAGUUCAAACACGAAGAGAGGAACACAGAAAUGCUGUAGAAAAGAAUCAGGCAACCUCUUCUUUGGCGCAACAUGCGAAAAACACCGGACAUAAAAUCAAUUUCGAAGAAACAAGAAUCAUUGCCAACAUAGAACAUAAAACCAAAAGAAUUAUCAGAGAAGCCAUAGAAAUCGAAAAACAUACAAAAAAUCUAAAUACACGUGACGAUACACAAAGGCUCCCAAUAGCUUGGAAACCGAUUCUCGCAAACAAAAUCAUCAGAGCGCGACGCAACGCUUCACCAAGCAUGACAUCUGACGCACCAACGAGCAGCGAACCGAGGCGAAAACCAGUGAAGGAGAACGCGAAAAUAAUAUAUAAAGCAGCAGCAGAGCAGGCACAGUCGUCACCCACAGAGGCAGAUGCUGUCAACGGAGAUAUCAAGGACGAUGCUUUGCGGGAACUACCAAAAUUCACCGAUCUUUCCAAAGUUUCCGCCAUAGCUUCAAAAAACCACUAG